AUGCCUUAUGCUCUGUCGACCCUGUUGCAGCAGGGCGCCGACGGCACGCCGCGUGAGCCUCGACCAAGCAAUCGCGCACUGUUUCGAGGCGCGGCCGCCGAAGCUUUGGCGAUGGUGCUGUUUGUCUUCUUUGGUUGUGGGGCCGCUUCCUCAAACGCUCGUAAGUUUGAUGGCGGCGAGUGGGACCCGGCCUCGGUCACUAUUAUUGCUCUACAGUUCGGGCUAUCAAUCACCGUCCUGGUGUACGUCACUGCUCACACGUCUGGCGGUCACAUCAACGGAGCUGUGACUCUCGGGUUGAUGGCGGUCGGCAAGUGUCAUCCACUGCGGGCUGCUGUCUACCUCGUCGCGCAGCUGGUCGGGUCGAUCGUCGGCGCAGCGAUCCUUGACGGGGCGACUUAUGGUGAGGCACACGACUUUACACUCGACCGAACUGGCGGCCUGGGUUCAAAUGGAAGGCAAAACCCGGCGGUCAGCCUCGGAAGGGCAUUUGCGUUUGAGUUUAUGGGCACGUUUCUGCUCAUGUACACCGUCCUCGAGACGGCGGUCAACGUGCACUCGGUAACCACAGAAGGCGAGUCCAGCAUUCUCGGCAACAAGCUCAAUCUUGCGCCGCUCCCGAUCGGCUUUGCCGUGUUUCUCGCUCACGUGGUUUGCAUCCCUGUCACCGGCUGUUCGAUAAAUCCAACGCGCUCGUUUGGGCCGGCCGUUGUCUCCGACACAUGGGAUGAUCACUGGCUUUGGUGGGUCGGGCCAUGCUCGGGGUCCAUCGGGGCCAGCAUCGUCUGGGCAGCGAUGAAGCAACUCGACGAUCCAAACGAUAAGGGGCGACUGGUGGCCAUAUCCAAGGGGGGUGAGAUGGGCUAA